AUGGAAAUCAAAACAGAGAAGCAGGAACCGGAUGGAGAAAAAUCAGAGGUGGAACAAAGGGUCCUUCCUGCUGGCCAGGCUGGGAGCGGCCCAGAGCUUCAGAAGGGGGCGGCCCUGCAUCCCAUCAAGCAAGAAGCAGAGCAUGAGCUGCAGCAGUGCUGGGAGACUCAGUGGCAGAGAUUCCUGCGGACCAUGCAGGCCCCUUGCCCGGGCUGGAGAGCCCCGCAGCUGCCUCUCCUCUCCUCAGGGAAGGCCCCGAGGGCAAGCCAGACGGAUUGCAAGGCAGCAGCUGAGAACAGCCUGCACCCCAGAAGAGAACCUGCGACACAGGCCUGGCCGAGCCCUGCCGGCGAGCCCUGUGAGAGUCACCUCGAUUUCUCCGUGCAGGUGAAAGAGGAGGUUCCAGAUGAGGAGGAGCUGGUCAGCCUGGAGGCCCGGUGCCAGCGCUUCAGGCGGUUCUGCUACCGGGAGGCCGAAGGGCCCCGAGAAGCUUGCAGGCAGCUCCAGGAGCUUUGCCGCCAGUGGCUGGAGCCGGAGAGGCACAGCAAGGAGCAGAUCCUGGAGCGCGUGACCUUGGAGCAGUUCCUGGCUGUCCUGCCCCCGGAGAUGCAGAGCUGGGUCAGGGAAAGUGGCCCAGAGACCUGCGUUCAGGCAGUGGCCCUGGCAGAGGACUUCCUGCUACGGCUGGAGAGGAGAGAGCAACAGUUUCAGAAGCUGCAGCUGGUCGAGGAGGUGAUCGUUCAUUCCCCUAAGGCAGAGCGAGAUCUGCUGGACUCCGAGGACAUGCAGCUCUCCUUCGACGCGGAACAGGACAGUGACGGGGAAGCCGGUUUGUUCAAAAGUGAGAAGGAAAAGGCGAACCUUCAGCCGGAAAGGCCCAAGAAAACUGAAGUGAGAGCGCUUUCCUUGGACACAGCGAGAGGAGCUUUUCCCCAGGUGGCCGAGGCAGGGGAAAGGCCUAGCAGUCAACCGGGACUGAAACCUUCCCAGGAAAUCUCUCUGGGACAGACACAAGGGCAACACAGGGAGGAUGGUGACCGACGUUCAGCCAAAAACCGCUCCCAGCAGCCAACCCCCAGGCAGGCCACGGAAAAGAAAGCUGUGGAGUGUGGGAAAAGUUACCCCCUGGGCUUGGGCCUAGUUCAGCCCGCCAAGGCACAAUCCUACGAGUGCUCGUACUGCGGGAAGCGGUGGCCGUGCCAGUCGCAGCUCCGACGGCACGUGAAGAUCCACACGGGCGAGCGGCCCCACAAAUGCACGGACUGUGGGAAGAGCUUCAGCACCAGCUCCAACCUCAGCCAGCACAAGAGGGUGCACACCGGGGAGAGGCCGUACAGCUGCAAAGACUGCGGCAAGAGCUACCGGCGGCGGGCCUCCCUUGUCCAGCACGAGAGAGAGACCUGCCGCAAGGGCAGCCGCUUCAGCGCUCCCACCGUGGGUUACGUGGUGUUGGGGAACUGCACGUUGCUGUGCAUGAAAAAAUCGACACAGGGUGCGAGGAACCGUGUGAUCGCCCCCAAGGGGGGAGACCCCAGCCUGGCGGAUCAGCCCUUGAAUAUCCUGACAGGGUAUUCCCAGGAGCGGAGCUGUGCCAAGGAUUAGGAUACAGGUAAAGUGUCUCCUGCACCUGGAGCCCUGCUUGACAAAAGAGAACUCUGAGGGGAGGGAAAGAAGAAUUCCCUGGCCUGGUCGAGGGUUUUGCUUGGAGAUCAAAUGCAGGAAGCGAAUCGAUGUGAAAUCGAUGCUGUGUGGCAGCUGAGUGGUGUGGGAACUGCUUCUUUUCUAGUAUGCUUUGCAGAAGCCAAAUAACUGGACGGAGGACAUGAGCACAAAAGUCACCGAACAGGAUGUCUCCAAAGUGUAUUUAAAAAUGAGGUGCAUUAAUCCCGCCAUGUUUCAGAUAGAAAUUCUCUCUCAAAGUAAUCAGCAAGGAUGAUUCCUGGGUGGGCAGAGUCUCUGCUUGGUGUCUGCUGGGCCUGCUAAGCCACAUAUUUUCUGCACAAGGAAGGAUGCAUGAAGUUGCAUACCCACGGAGGGCGGCCUGCCGAGAACUUGACCAGCACCGCUGUUUUCGCAGGCCCUGGCAGGCAGCGCGUGCAUGAGAUGGGCCAUCCGCGGGGGCUCCAGGGGCUGUGCACUUCUGAUGUACCCUAUGGUUGUGGUGGAACCCAGAGUUGGCUUAGGGAGCUGAAAAGCUAACCAUCAAGCCUUACCCAACGAGAGCGAAAGAGAACCCAGAUAAAUAUUCAGAGU